GCGGUCUGGAGUAACAAACACGUGACAGUUCCUCGUAUGCGCUGAAUUACCUCUCCUCUCCUCUCCUGCAUCCCAUACUUCUCGCCACCCUUCCCUAAAUUUGACUCCGUCGUCAACCCCACGUUUCCAUUUACUCGGUUUCCACCGUCUCCCAAUCUCCAAACAAAACCCUAGCUUCCUCCCUUCCUCCCUCUAAACCCUAAGUUUCGUUGAAUCCUUCAAUCCCAUGGCUUCUUCGGCUUAUUCCCAUCCGAAGAUCGAACUUUCCAGAUCCUUCUGGCUCUAAUUCCAAUCAGGGGGACCCAGCUUCGUGAUUUCGAUGGAUAACCAAGACACAGAGGAUUCAUCGAUAACGAUGUAUAAUAUUAAGAAGCCGAACCUCAAAAUAUACCGGCUCGUCAACGGGCCCAAUCCGCUGCACCCGUCGGGUUGGUUCGAGAUCCGGCUGUUCUACGUCCGAAUAGCGCCCUGCGCCGCGGUCGAAUCGGUCCCAAACCACCUCACCCUUCGCCACCUCCGCCGCGAGAUCGGCGUGUCGCUGGAAAUCAACGGCACCCGCGUGCCGGCCUCGGAAACGGCGUCGCUUACCCUCCGCCGCGAUCGGAUUGACAGCCUGUCUUCGGAAGUCACCUACGUGAGCACCGACAGCGUCAAGGUCACGGGGGCGGUGGAGUUCGAGGUGUACGAGGAGGAGGACAUGGUGCUGUGCGGGUCGAUAGAGAGAAUGGAGGCCGCCUGGAGCAACGGGUGCGUGGCGAACGAUUCCAGGAGCGGGUGGAGCAUGGACUGUUACAUGGCCGCCGCGGUUGCGGGCGGCGGAUCGGCUUUCUUCCGGCCGAGGUUGUCGUCGUUCGGGGGAUCGUCGGGCCCCUCGUUUGAGGUUUACGUUGCGGGGUGUUGUUCGGGCAUGCCGGUUAUCUUGACGAAGACGAUUCAGGUUAGUCCGAGGAGGAAGCCCGGGAGGAACGGGACGACGCUUGAUGCGAUUCCGGAGGAUGAUGAGGUGGAGAAGGAGCAGAAGGGGAGUAGUGAUGGGUUGAUGCGGCAGCGGAAAGUGCAGAUCACUGAAGCAGAAGUUGAUGACUAUGAGCUGGAUGGGAAAAUUGGAAGCAGCUACUAUCCAGAAGAUGUGUAUGCCGGAGAAGAUGGCCAACUCUCAUGGUUUAAUGCCGGUGUAAGGGUUGGUGUUGGGAUUGGCCUUGGAAUGUGCCUUGGCGUUGGAAUCGGUGUUGGACUGAUGAUGCGCUCGUAUCAAGCAACCACCAGGAACUUCAGGAGGAGAUUUUUCUAACUUCAUGGUAUGUUGGAAUGACAUGGGGUCCGUAAUUCUGAUUGAUAGAAAGAGAUGAGAAGCGGAACUUCUCAAGAUUAUUUCGUGAGUUGGUGAAUCGUUCCAAGGUGGUGGCAGAAGAAGCAAGAAAGGCAUAAUUCAGCAUUUUAAGGGUGAGUCCCUUAACUGGGGUGGAGGCUGUACAAAACUUUGGUUUUCUUGGUAUAUAGCCCUUAACCAUGCUACUGCACUCUCCAUUCCAACUGAACUUCUGAGGUGGAUGAAGAGGUUCUUUAGGCUGUGUUUCGAUCUUGGAUUCAUGGAGGAAUUUUUCCUUCUGCUGAUCCAAGAUCCAAACACGACUUUAGUCCUUGGACCAGCAAUAACUUGAAAGUGAAAGGUGAUGUAUUUACAUGGAUGUGCAUUCUCAGGAGUUAUAUUUUUGACUUUUUUCUGGGUGUUAUUGUAGGUAUGUUACUUUUCUUGGUUCUUUUUCUUGUAUCAAUUUUGAAGGUCGUCUUUUCUCAUUUGAUUUGCUACUUGUAAUAAAUUUGGCAUUUUGUAAUGAGCAAAGCAGCUUAAGUGAUCACUGUUUUGACAUUGUAUGUACUUAUCUUUUAGCAAUGAACAAAGAAGUGUCUUCCUCAA